AGCUCCUGCUGCCUUCAAGAACCAGAGAGAGAAAGGAAAAAAAAAGCCGUUGCUUUUGCUUCGGUUCUCGCCAAGAACUCCUCCCGCGGCACGCACAAGGAGAGAGAGAGAGAGAGGGAGAGGGAGAGGAGCUUCGAUCUGCGUGUCGGCGGCGAGAUUUUGGAGGCAUCCGAGGAGGGAGAGAAGCCGGGCAGGCGAGCCGGCGAGGUUCAUGUCUGCUAGCUCGGUUGCUGCGUGAGGCGGUCGUAGGAGGAGGAGAAGCGGAGGGGGGAUGACGGGGGUGGUGGUGGUCUCCAGCGCGGGGUGCAAGGGCGGCGGGGGGAAGAGGAGCUCCGGCGGCGGAGGCGGGGAGGAGGAGCGGCGGCGGCGGGCCGCGGUGCUGGAGCUGCUGCUCGCGGCCGUGCGGCGGUCCGUGGUGGCGUGCCGGGUGGAGCGCGGGGGCGCCGGGGCAGGGUGGCCGGCGGGGGAGGGGGAAGGGGAGGAGGAGGACGCGGCGGCGGCGGAGCUGGGGGAGAUGGAGAUCGGGUGGCCCACGGACGUCCGCCACGUCGCCCACGUCACCUUCGACAGAUUCCACGGGUUCCUCGGCCUCCCCGUCGAGUUCGAGGACGAGAUGCCGUGCCGCGUGCCCAGCGCCAGCGCCAGUGUUUUCGGUGUCUCGGCUGAAUCAAUGCAAUGCACCUAUGAUGGCAAGGGCAAUUCGGUCCCCACCAUAUUGCUGCUCAUGCAGGAGAGGCUGUAUGCCCAGGGGGGCCUCAAGGCUGAGGGGAUAUUUCGCAUUAAUCCAGAGAAUGACCAAGAGGAGCAAGUGAGGGACCAGCUAAACAAAGGAGUUGUACCAGAGGACAUUGAGGUUCACUGCUUGGCCAGCCUGAUUAAGGCAUGGUUCAGGGAACUUCCAGAAGGUGUGCUCGACGGCCUCUCCCCUGAGCAAGUGCUGCAGUGCAAUUCUGAAGGGGAGUUCCUUCAGCUUGUGACGCUUUUGCGCCCCACACAGGCGGCACUUCUCAAUUGGGCUGUUGAGCUAAUGUCUGACGUUGUCGAAGAGGAGGAGCUCAACAAAAUGAAUGCUAGGAACAUAGCCAUGGUGUUUGCGCCCAACAUGACACAGAUGUCAGAUCCAUUGACGGCCCUGAUGCAUGCCGUCCAAGUCAUGAACUUUCUCAAGACAUUAAUCUUGAGGACGCUCCGGGAGCGUGAUGAUGCAGCCACUGGAGGAGAGUACACUCCAUACUCCUCUCCAGCGUCAUCCAUCCAGCAGGAUGCGGCCGAAUGCUGUUACAGCAGCGAGCGGGACAUGGAUAGGAGCUGUGAGCUGAGUGACAUGCACAGCCAGAUCAGCAAGUCAGGGCGACAUGCUGAUUACCUCGUGCGGUACAACACCUGUUUUGACAGCGAGCAAGAAAUCGAUGAUCAUCUGAGUGAGGUCGAAGAAGGGUUCCUGCGUAGGCUGGAGCGCGACAUUGAAGCGGAUAGACCGAAGGAAAGUGCAAGAGAACAGUGUGAAAUGAACUUGGAGGUGAUGGCCAUGGAGGAUGUUGAGCUGAAAGAUGAGGACAAAGCAGUGGAGAAGGGGUUACAGAAGGAAGAGGGUUUGGAAUCCAUGGCAUGAUGGCAAUUGUGUAUUUGCCGCUGGUUAAUGUUAUGAACUACUGACCAAUGGAUCCGUUUGUCAACACCUGGUUGAAUGUGUGACUGCUGUAUGAUCCUGAAUGUGGGUAUAUGCAUCCUUGGGACAAUAUUUGGAAAUCACCAUUAUGUGCAGGUUAAUUUUAGCAUGAGUCCAUGAUUACAUC